CCGACUUUCCUUCAAAAUCCUAUUUCCCUCCUCAACCUCUCUCUCUCUCUCUCUCGCUCAUCUUCAUUUCCAUUAAAGAACAGAGUUCUUCAAAAACCAAGAUCAAACCCAAAACAACCCAUUCAAUAAUGGAGGACUAUCGGCCCAACCAACCCAUCGAAGUUCGCGGGAAACAAGAAAGGUUCUUCGGUUCACACUACCCUGCAACACUCCUCGCCGCAAUCGGAAGAAACCAUUUCUUGGUCCGCUACCAAACCCGGUGCACAGAAGCCAGGACACGACUCUUAAUCGAAUCUGUUGAUGCCUCCCAAAUCAGACCUGUGCCUCCCGAUCUUCAAAUUUCCAAUUUCAAUGCCGGCGAUCGAGUCGAAGCUUUCGUCAAUGGAGGCUGGUGGGUUGGCAGGAUUGCGCGAAAGAUCGAUCCUAAUUACUAUGUGAGGUUGGAUAGUACUGGGAAUGAAGUCCAUUGUGCUUUUUACGGAGUCAGGAUUCAUCUUGAAUGGGAAGAUGGGAAUUGGGUUUAUCCUCGAAAUGGGCCUCAGAACUCUCAAGCAAAAGAGGGGGAAGAAAAGAAGUGUUAGGCUAUGAUAGAUUGCUUCAUCAAACAUUUCCUUUUCAUAUAUAUAUAUAUAUAUAUACCUUCUGAAUCACACAGAUGAUACAGAUUUGCAGUGAGUUAGAGCUUAGGUGACCACUAUACUUGGUUCUGUUUGUUUAUUUUUCUUCUAUAUGCGAUGGGGUUCAAAUGAGAAAGUUUAGGGAUACUAGAAAAUGUACAGAAAAGACACGAGGGUGUGAGAGUCGUGAGCUGGUUUCAAAGCUUUCAUGACUUGAUCUGUACUUGAAAGUUGGAAAUAGCCACAUGUUUGCUUGACAAGUGAGAAAAAAAGACAAGAAAAAAUUUAAAAAAAAUGGUAUACUUGUUUGAUAAUUUGCCUUCGUCUCAUAUUGAAUCAGUCCACAAUUGGUAGGCUGUGUUUUGUUAUAUUAUAUAUUGGAUGGGCUUUUGCAUGUAGUAGAUAUUAUACAUUAAAUCACUUUUUGUGGAGGCUGUGUGUGUCAUAUUAUACAUUGGAUGGGCUUUUUCAUAUAGAUAUUG